AAAGUUAACGCAUCUUAAGAAAAUUUUCCCAAAAUUUUCCUUGUUUUGUCACCGUAUUCUGGGUUUGAUGGUUAUAUAUAGCUCAAUUUUUGGGCAACAAGAGCACAAGCAAACGGAAGCCUUCCUUCUUCUGCCCCAAACCUAAGAAUUUCUUGCGCUGUGUUCCACAUUAUGGCCAGCAAGGUGGUGCCAAGCUCAGAACCCCACACUGUUAAGCGCGAGCUGACCGUGUUAACCAUGUCCGACCACGACAUCAUGAACCAAAUUUAUGCAACCCAUGUUCAUGGUGACGACAAGUUUGAUGUGGACUCUCUUUUCAUUCUUGCCGAGAACAUCCUCAAGCGUUCUACCCUGAUUGUCGACAAUGUUGCGCUGGGUGCCCAAGUACACCUUGAGAACCUCGAAGACAAGACUCCCAAAGCCAGCUUUAAUCCACCAUUGUGUACGCUGAAGAAAAUUUCCGGCGAGAUGCAAUGCAAGGCUCCGGGAGAGGAAAUUGCACACAAGACAACAAUGUCGAUACUUAACAAACUCUCGAGCUACUCGUGGGAUGCAAAGGCAGUGCUCACACUCGCUGCUUUUGCCAUGGACUAUGGGGACUUCUGGGUUGUUGCCCAACUUUACCCAUCAGACCAACUAGCCAAAUCACUGGGGAACCUAAAACAGGUAUCUCUUCUCUCAAGGCGCCCAGGCCUUCAGAAACACCGAAAAGCCUUGGCUGAACUCAACAACCUGAUCAAGAUCACAUUGGAAGUGAUAGAGUGCAUCUUUGAGCUGGAGAAGCUAUCCAUCUACGACAUAAAGGAUGUUCCAGCUUUGUCUAUUGCCAUGGACCGUAUCCCAGUUGAUGUCUAUUGGGCUAUCAUUACUAUUGUUGCUUGCGCCAGUAAGAUGUGUGACCUCACUAGCAAUGUGGACCAUGUACAGGAGCUAUCCCCCUUUGCUAACAAGCUCAACGUCGUCCUCAACAUAUUAAAGAUGCAGAUAAAACUUUGUAGACAUCAAAUAGAGGCAAUGGAGUCUCAUCGAACGAUCAAGAAACUCUUGCAAACCCCUACUGAAGUCAAGGAGGUCUUUAAGGCGUUGAUUUAUGCCAAGGAUGAUAUACAGCCGCUCAUUGAUGGUUCUACACACAAAGCGGUUAGCAUUGAUGUGCUGAAAAAGAAAAAUGUUUUACUGUUCAUUUCCGGCCUGGACAUCUCCAGUGAUGAGAUUUCGAUUCUCAAGCCAAUUUAUGAUGCACUAAGGAAGGAGGAUCAGUAUAAAAUAGUAUGGAUCCCAAUUGUGGACAAGUGGAACGACGACGUGCGAAAGAAGUUUGAGACGUUGCGAUCCAAGAUGCCAUGGUACAUAGUGCAGUACUUUUCACCAAUAGCUGGCAUAAGGUUCAUCAAGGAGGAGUGGCACUUCAAGAACAAGCCUGUUAUCGUGGUGAUGAGCCCACAAGGGAAGGUGGAAUGCCCAAAUGCAAUCCAUAUGAUUCAGGUAUGGGGAAUGAAGGCGUUCCCCUUCACUAGCACAGUUGAAGAAGCUCUAUCAAAUGGAAGGGAUUGGAUGGGAUCCAUAGUGACUGGCAUUAACCCGAAUGUACACAACUGGAUCAAAGGGGAGAAGUUCAUUUUCUUCUAUGGUGGGAAGGACAACGAGUGGGUCCAAAAGUUCACCCAAAGAGCAACUGCCCUUGCCAAUGAUCCGGUGAUAAAGGAAGCAAGGAUUUCCGUAGAGUUGCUUUGCGUUGGAAAGGGCAGCAAAGGGGAGGACGAUCACGGCAUUCUAGGGCAUUUCUGGAACCGGAUGGACAGCUUUUUCUUCUCAAAGACUCACAGGAAGACCGAACCGGACGCUGUGACGCAAGAAAUCAACAAGCUGCUUUCCUACAAGAAUGGGAGUGGAUGGGUUGUGCUGUGCAAAGGGUCUAAAGUGGUGGACAGUGGGCAUGGGGCCUCCAUUUUGAAGGUUUUGGAGGAGUAUGAGAAAUGGAAGGAGCAAGUGCGAGUGAAGGGGUUCGAAGUUUCUUUCAAACACCACCAUGACAAGCUUCUUCACACUGGACGCCAAUGCUGCCGGGUAGAUAUUCCGCUCGUUGCUGGAAAGAUCCCGGAGAAUAUGAAGUGCCCGGAGUGUCCCCGAGUUAUGGAGACAUUUAUCAGCUUCAAGUGCUGCCACGUUGAUGGGGCCAUAAACGGACUGCAUUAGAUGCAUGCAUGCAUGGCUAGUUGGCUGCUACUUCUAAAAAACAGGGGAUGUUAUUAAUUAGAGCCACUAAAGAUAUUUGUAGGACUUCAAUGUUGACGUUGCAAUAAACGGUGUCUUUGUUAUAGAACUUUGCUAUCUAGCUUCCUUC